AUGGUUAUUUUCUUCAUCCUUGAUUGCUGUCAUACCGCAGAAGCUUUUACUAGCAAUUCAACUACCAUGCAGGUGUUAGCUGUGUGUACUUCGCAUGCUCUCAAAAAUCUGCGGGUCGGCAACAUAUCCUUCACACAGAGAAUUGCUCGAGCAAUACGAUCACUUGCCCAUUCGGGUAAACCAUCCACUUCAACCGAUGAAAUAUUCAAUGCAGUGCAGAACGAAACCCUGAUAGUUUAUAAUCGAGAGACACAGGUGGUUUCUUUGUUUAUCGCCAACGGAGAAGCCACACAAGUGAUGGCAUGGGACCAGUUAAUCCGCGGGUGUGUUUGUUCGCAUGACAUGGGAAGCAUUUGUUCGACUACUGUCAACUAUCGAUGUGGAGUCACAUUCUUCAAUCAUUGA